UUCUUUGAGUCACAGAGCUUCUCAGCACACCUCCUUGGGAGCAGCUCUGUGCCUGGGACUGCUGUCACUUUUGCAGUUCACUCACCUCACAGAAUCAGCCCCUUUCUCCUCUCUUGCAGAGUGAAGGAUUUAGUAAGGCAAGGAUGAAUGAAGCCCGGCCACGUUAUGUCAUCAACCGGCCUGCUUAUUCUAUCAAUGACUUCGAUGAAGAAUUUGAAAGGAAAAGCAGAAGUUACCCUCUUGGAGAGAAGAUAAAGAAUCUUUUCAGAUGUUCACCAUCCAGGGUAAAGCUCAUCAUGUACAGUUUGUUUCCCAUCCUCUUGUGGCUCCCAAAAUACAAAAUCAAAGAUUACAUUGUGCCUGAUGUUCUUGGUGGUAUCAGCGCUGGAACUAUUCAAGUGCCUCAAGGCAUGGCCUUUGCUCUGCUAGCCAAUCUACCUCCCAUCAAUGGACUCUAUUCUUCAUUUUUCCCUCUGAUCACAUAUUUCUUGCUAGGUGGUAUUCAUCAGAUGGUCCCAGGUACUUUUGCAGUCAUUAGUAUUAUUGUGGGGAAUGUCUGCCAUGAACUGGCUCCUGAUCAUGAAUUCCAGUACAUUAACCAAACAACCAAGGACACAAUGAUUAACCACACAGCCAUGGAAGCAGCCAGACUGGAGAUCUCUGCAACACUGGCUUGCUUGACAGCCAUAAUUCAGAUAUGUCUGGGAUUCGUGCAGUUUGGUUUUGUCGCUAUCUACCUUUCUGAAUCCUUCAUCAGGGGCUUCAUGACAGCAGCUGGUCUACAGAUUCUCAUUUCAGUGCUCAAGUACAUCUUUGGCGUGACAAUUGCAUCCUACACAGGGCCCUUGGCCAUUGUCUAUACAUUUAUUGAUAUUUGCAAAAGCCUGCCUAAGACCAAUGUGGCCUCCUUGGUGUUUGCUUUGAUCAGCACUGUGCUCCUGAUUAUUGUGAAAGAACUGAAUAUGAAAUACAUGAAAAAGAUUCGAGUCCCUAUCCCCAUGGAAAUCAUUAUAGUCAUAGUAGCUACUGCCAUAUCUGGAAGCUUUAAUAUGCCUGAGAAAUAUGACAUGCCAAUUGUCGGGCACAUUAACAUGGGCUUUCCUGCAGCCACACUUCCGCAAGUAAGCAAAUGGAAGGACAUGAUUGGCACAGCUUUCUCACUUGCCAUUGUGGGCUAUGUGAUCAAUUUGGCCAUGGGCAGAACCCUUGGCACCAAGCAUGGCUAUGAUGUGGACCCCAACCAGGAAAUGCUGGCCCUGGGCUGCAGCAACUUCUUUGGAUCAUUUUUCAAAAUCCAUGUGAUCUGCUGUGCUCUUUCUGUGACCCUGGCUGUGGAUGGAGCUGGAGGAAAAUCUCAGGUGGCAAGUUUUUGUGUGGCACUGGUCGUGAUGAUAACUAUGCUGUCUUUGGGGACCUAUCUGAGCCCUCUUCCUAAGGCUGUUUUGGGAGCCUUGAUAGCUGUGAAUCUGAAGAAUUCUCUGAAGCAACUGACUGAUCCUUACUACCUCUGGAAAAAAAGCAAGCUGGACUGUAUGGUCUGGGUGGUGAGCUUCCUCUCAGCCUUCUUCCUGGGCUUGCCCUUUGGACUUGCCGUGGGAGUGGGGUUUUCCAUCCUAGUAGUGGUUUUCCAUACCCAGUUUCGCAAUGGCUGUAUCCUUGGCCCAGUAGCUGCUUCUGAUAUAUACAAAAACCCAAAAGUCUACAAUAAGGUCCAUGAAAUAGAAGGGAUUAAAAUUGUCACUUACUGUUCCCCGCUGUACUUUGCUAAUUCAGAGAUAUUCAGGGAAAAAGUAAUAGCCAAGACAGGUGUAGAUCCUAUAAAAGUCUUCUUGGCCAGGAAGAAAUAUGUGAAGAAUCAGGAAAAAGUUGCCAUGGCAGCAACAGUGGCAGUACAAAAAACAAGCAAGCUAAAAUCCAUCUUCAGGGAAAACAAGACAAUAUCACUGCAAGAGCUCCAGAAGGACUUUGAAAGCACUGCUCCAACAGAUACUAACAACAACCAGACAGCCGCCAAUGGCACCAAUAUUUCCUACGUAGCAUUCAAUCCUUCUGUGAACACUGCAAGGCAGGCCAGUGCUUCCUCUGCUCAGGGAAGCAUGGCUAGUCAUCGAAGCAGCACCUGUAGCAAUAUCCCAGCCUCUAAUGCUGAUUCCAUGACUACAGCACCCCCAUUUGUCAACUUCCACACCAUUAUCUUGGACAUGAGUGGAGUUUGCUUUGUAGAUCUGAUGGGUACAAAAGCUCUGGGAAAGCUCUGCACCAACUAUCAAAGGAUUGGGAUUAAAGUUUUCCUGGCAAAUGUGCCUGCCCAAGUGUAUGAUGACAUCCGCACAGGUGGAGUCUUUGAAGAAGGUGGCCUCGAGCCCAGUCAUGUCUUCGUGACAGUCCAUGAUGCUGUUUUGUUUGCAACAAUGAACGGCAACAGAGCUACACAUCGACCUGUCUUGGAAGAGAGAGCAAAUCAGAUAGAAAUCUCUGUCUCUGAUGAGUCCCUGGAAGACAGCAGUGCUGAAUUCCAAAACUUGGAAGAAGAAAUGUUUGGAGGUAUUUUUCAUUCAGAGACCCAGACAGCACUGUGAGUUCUUCAGGAAUGCUCUUAAGCAACUGACUCCUUAACCAUGAAAUGCCUUUUAGGAAGAAAGGUUCCUGCACCCGAAUGGAGAGGACAGUGGGCUCUGUACAUUUGGGGCAUGGGAUCAUUGCGCUUUUGGGACACUGAGGCCAGAAUGCCUCUCUUACCUGACAUUCUUUCUUCCUCCCAUUCCUUUCUGCUUUCAAAACUCAGAGCAACUGGCUCUCAAAGCAGGUAUCAUGGGCAAAAAGGAACUCAGGAACUAAACUUUGUCUACACAGAAGAAGCAGAAGAACAGCAGGAUUAUUACUACACCUCUCUGGUUCUCAUUUGUUGCUCAUUCACAUUUCAGGCAAUGCUUACAUAUUCAGCUCAUGUAUAAACACAAGCAUAUCAAAGGGCUAUUAAGCAUUAGCCUUGUUCUUAUGAGGAAAAAUACAGGAAACAUGGAGGGCGGCUACCGGAGCACCAGGCAGAAAUCUCACAAGAUGAAGCCACUUGGGUUUGCAAAGGGAUGGCUGUUUCUAAAUUGUGCACUGACUUUAGGCCCCACACAAUACAUAAACAAAGCCCCUGGUAAUACUGCCCAGUUCUUCCUCUGAUUUUUAGUAUCAGAACAUAAAACUGUCCCUUUUUCUUUCUGGGGCUUAAAUCCAGCAGCAUAAUCUGAGACUAUAAAUCUCAUUACCUGGAACAAGUGCACAUUUUUAUACCACUGCUUAAAGAAGAGCUGUCUUAUCCAUUACAAA